AUGUCUAACCAAACAAAUGGUUUUCAGGGUUCUCAACCCUUUAUAACAGAUAAACAAUUUCAGAAUUUGUCUUUGGAUGAAAUAAGACAUAUAAUACAAGAAGAAAGAGAAGAACUUAAGAAAGAUUAUAAUGAAUUAGAAGAAAGAAGAAAAUUAAUUAAACAAUAUCAAAAAUUACAAAAAGCUAGAGAGAAAGUUAGAAAAGGAAUUGAUAUAAAAAAAGAAAGGAAGAAAAAAGUAAAAAAAGAAAUUAAGAAGAAAAAGAUAAAAUCAUUUGAAGACUAUUUUGAGGAAUGUAUAAAAAAUAAAGAGAUACCACCAGAUACUCCUUCUUAUUUACGUGAAGCUCUUGAGAGAGCUAUUAAGGAACACAAUCAAGGACUAAUUAAAGAAAAAUCAUCUUUGGAAAACUUUGCUAACAAAUAUGUUAUUAAAGGAGAACCUGGAUUAUCUCCAGUUGAUUUUUUAAAUAAAAUUUAUAAUACUUUAGAAGAAUUUUUUACAUAUCACAGAAACAUAAAAUUUAAUAUGCUUUUGGUUUGUUUAAUGGAACAACAAUUACUUAGUAAAGAUCAAGGAGUAAUUGGAUUGAAUGAAAGUAAGGCUUACUUUACAUCAGGAAUUCGAAAAAAUUUAAAGUCAACAGAUUUAAGUGAAUUAAUUGAUAUUUCUUAUAAAAGAAUUCUUGGUGAUUUUGAUGCUUAUCAAGAAAAUGGAAGUGGAUGGUAUUUUAAAGAGGUAGUUCAACUUGAAAUUCAUACUGUUGAGUUUAAUCCAUCUAAGGGAUCAUCUUACAUUCCUCUCCCAGACUGGAUAUCAAACAAAAAAGCAAUUGUUAAUAUUCAAGACAAAGAUGAGAAAUGCUUUCUUUGGUGUAUACUUAGAUGUCUUCACCCAAGAGAAAGAGAUGAACAAAGAUUAACAGGUUUAAAAGAAUAUGAAAAUUCUCUUAAUACUAAAGGAAUUAGUUUUCCAAUGAAAUUAAAAGAUAUUACAAAAUUUGAAAAACUUAAUCCAGAAAUUCCAGGUAUUAAUGUUUUUUCAGUUAAUGAAAACAAAAUUUUUUAUCCUUUGAGAAUGGCAGAGAGAGAUUGUUUAAAUACUAUUGAUUUAUUUUUGUACGAAGAAGAUGGAGUUUCACAUUACACACUAAUCAAAAAUUUUCAUCGUUUGAUUAAGUCUCAAAAAACUAAAAGUCUUAAUGGCCAAAUAUUUAUUUGUAAAAGGUGUUUUACACAUUUCGCUCAAGAAGAAUUAUUACAAAAACAUAUCUUAUACUGUUCAAAUAAUGAAACAGUUUCUGUAAAAAUGCCAGAAGAAGGUACAAUGUUAUAUUUCAAAAAUUAUGAAAAGCAACUUCCAGUUCUUUUUGUAGUUUAUGCAGAUUUUGAAUGCUUUACUAAAUCAAUAAAUACUUGUACUCCUAAUCCAGAAAAAUCUUAUAGUUGCAACUAUCAAAAACACGAACCAUCAGGAUUUUGUUUUUACAUUAAAGGAAUAGUUCCUGAUAAAUCAUUUAAACCAAUUAUUUACACAAAGACUAAUGAUAGUGAUAAUGUAGCAUCAAUAUUUGUUAACAAACUUUCAGAAGUAACAAAAAGUAUAUAUAAUGAUUUUUAUCGCCGUCCAAAACCACUUAGGUUAAAUAAAGAGGAACAAAAAUCAUUUGAUAAAGCGGAAAUUUGUCAUAUUUGUAGUACAGAAUUAAAAGAAGAUAAAGUAAGAGAUCAUUGUCAUUUUACCGGAAAUUAUCGUGGAGCAGCACAUAACAAGUGUAAUCUUAUGUGUAAAAAACCAAGAAUACUACCAGUUAUAUUUCACAAUCUUCAAGGUUAUGAUGCUCAUUUGUUUAUAAAACAACUUGCUUGUUUACCAGGUGAGUUAAAUUGUAUUCCAUCUACGGAAGAAAAAUAUAUUUCCUUUUCAAAAAGAUUAAAGUUGGUGAGUAUAAAGAUAAAUAUAUAGCGGAAUAACUUUACCAAUAAAUUUUGAAAUAAGAUUUAUAGAUUCAUUCAAGUUUCUUCAAACAUCACUUGCCAAUCUUGUUUCAAAUUUACAACCAGAUGAUUUCCUUAGUACAAAACAAGUAUUUAAGAAGGAUGUAAAAUUAUUAACUCGAAAGGGAGUUUAUCCAUAUGACUAUGUUUCAUCACUCGAAAAACUAUCCGAAACACAAUUACCACCAAAAGAAGAAUUUUAUUCAAAACUGAAUGAUGAAGAUAUAAGUGAUGAUGAUUAUCAACACGCUAUUAAUGUUUGGAAUACUUUUGAGUGUAAAACAAUUAGAGAUUAUCACGAUCUUUACCUAAAGUCUGAUGUCCUACUUUUGGCAGAUGUAUUUGAAAACUUUAGAAAAACUUGCCUCAAACAUUACAACCUAGAUCCAGCACAUUAUUACACAUCUCCUGGACUAGCUUGGGAUGCAUGUCUUAAAGAAACAGGUCAAAAAUUACAGUUAUUACAUGAUUAUGAUAAGUUAAUGAUGUUUGAGCGUGGUAUUCGUGGAGGAAUAUCCCAUAUAUCAAAAAGAUAUGCAGAAGCAAAUAGCAAAUAUAUGAAAGAUUAUAAUCCUGAUAAAGAGUCUACUUAUAUUCAAUAUCUUGAUGGAAAUAAUCUAUACGGUUGCGCAAUGUCACAACAACUUCCUACACAUGGAUUCAGUUGGAUGAAAAAUAUAACAAAAGAAAAAGUGAUGGACAUCCUAGAUAAGGCAAAUCAUAGUAUGUCAAAUCGUGGAAGAAAAGGUUAUAUAUUUGAAGUUGAUUUGGAAUAUCCUAAAAAGCUAUGGAAAUCACAUAAUGACUAUCCUCUUGCACCUGAGAAGAUGAUUGUUAAUGGUGUUGAAAAACUUAUUUGUCAUUUUAAACCCCGAAAAAACUAUGUUGUACAUUAUCGUAAUCUUAGACAAUAUCUUGAGAUGGGAAUUAGGCUUACUGCUGUUCAUAGAGGAAUAUCAUUUUACCAAUCUUCUUGGAUGGAGCCUUACAUAAGAAAAAAUACAGAACUUCGAAAAACAGCAGCUAACAGUUUUGAGAAAGACUUUUUCAAACUAAUGAAUAAUAGCGUUUUUGGAAAGACAAUAGAAAACAUAAGGAAAAGACAGAAUAUAAUUCUUAUUGAUGAUCGUAAAAAAGCUGCAAAACUAACAAGUCGUCCAAACUUUGAUAGAGCAACAAUAUUUGAUAAAAAUUUAAAUGCAGUUCACAUGAAAAAAACAGAAGUUUAUUUUAACAAACCAGUAUAUGUUGGUCAAGCAAUUUUAGAUUUAUCAAAAACAUUAAUGUUUGAUUUUCAUUACAAUUAUAUCAAAAAGAAAUAUAGAGACAAAGCUGGUAGACAGAUUACAAAAUUUAUUGGUCUUCGGCCAAAGCUUUAUACUUUCAAGAUAGAGGAUGGGAGUUUAACCAAGAAGUGUAAAGGUGUAAAAAAGAGUGUUGUAAAAAAGAGAAUAGAUUUUGAAAAUUAUUUUGAGUGUUUAUUUACCGGUGAAAAGCAAAUGAGAACUAUGAAAAUCAUAAGAAGUGAAAAUCAUGACAUUUACUCAAAGGAAAUAAAUAAAAUAGCUUUGAGUAGUGAAGAUGAUAAGCGGAAGGUCUUAGAGGACAAAGUAAAAACCCUUGCUUUAAGAUAA